UUUAUAGUAUAAAUGUCUUCAUAAAAUGUGAUAAAAAAAUUAACAAAGAACAUUUCGAGCAAAUUUCUGAAACUUAUCGAUGAUGGGUAAAAAGGAGCGAUGUCCCAUCGACCCGGGGAUCCCCGGUGACCAUUGCGAGACAUCCUCGACAGCGGGCGCUGGCGUAGUCGAGGCGCAAGGCGCAGUGCGAGCCAGCGGUUGGCCGUCGUAUAGCCGUGAUCGUGGAGAUAUGGAAAAAUGUAUUUGAAACGUACGUCGAAGUUGCUGGAUCUCUCGGUGUCGCGGACCGCCGCGGACGUGCAUCUGCGCGACCUGACGUGCCCGGUGUGCCGCGGCAUCCUGAUCGAGCCAGUGACGCUGCCGUGCACACAUAACCUCUGCCUGCGCUGCCUGCGGGGUACGUUCGAGCACAAUAGCCUGAGCUGUCCGCUCUGCCGAAUCCGGGUCGGUUCCUGGCUGCGCAACGCCACCAAAUCGGAGACCCUGGUGAACCACGGUCUCUGGGAACUGAUCAGGUCCAAGUUUCCGAAAGAGGUCGAGAAUAAGUACAAUGGCGAGGAGGGGGACCUCGGCUUGGACGCUGAUUAUGCAGCGAAUAGAAUACUCAGCGCAGCUGGAGAGAUACACAGGGAAUACGAGGCUCAACUUCAAAUGGCCGAGGAAGAAAUGCGUCGCCAGCGACAAGCUGAACAAAUGGCCAGCGAAGUUCUAAUUCAGAAGAUUCAGGCUGAAGAGCAGCAGAUGUUGUUAGCACAAUUGGCGAAGGAUCAACUGUUAGCCAAGACUCUGGCAAAACAGCAGGCCAUGGCGAGACAAAAGGAGGUUGCAAAGUGUUACAAUGAAUGCUUAGGCCCAUCAAUAUCUAGUUAUCCUUUCAACGACUCCAAGUUCAACUAUGCGAAUGUACUUGUAAAUACUCCUGAAACGUCACAAAACGAACCUGCACGCUUGGAAGGCAGGCAUGUGGGUCUUCCUGAAUCUGUCAGGGACAACUCAAAACCGAGACAGAUGAAUAUGGCAUUGUUGUCAAAGAUAGAAAUGUAUUCUGGCGAGAUGAAUGCGUCUGGCAUGCAUAAAAAUUCGGCUGUGCAUUGUUGUCAAAAGCAAAUGCCCAUUUAUAACGCUGUAACGAAAGCGUUGAAACAUCAAGUAUCCAAGUUUAUUCAACCAUGCACUUCAAGUUAUUCCACGGAUCCCGGAUGUUCUACGUCCAGAGCUUACGCGACGGAAACGAAGGAAGAGUUGCGAAUACCGAGCGACGUAGUGAACAGUAAGAAGAAGAGUCUAGGAGUGGAGGUGUGCAUGACGCUAGCCGAUGAUGACGAAAGGAUAGGAAGCGCCGAGAGUUCUGGCAGUCAUGACAGUAUAAAUCAAGAAAUUCAUCAUUUUAAGCCGAUCAAGACAGUGCCGAGAACGAAGUUGAAAAUUUCUUCAGAUGGAAAACAAAUAGAUCCAAAAUUGAUUAGGGUGAUCCCUAUUUUAAAGAAAAUAUCGAACGCGGUGCCAAAACCUCCGUCGCCGACGCACAUGAAACGUAUUAUUGGAUGUUCUUGGAGCGCGUUCAGAGAUAUCGUUAUAGGUAAAAUAAGACAGGACGCAAAGGAAAAGCAUGCUGCGCAGAAUCUGAGGGAUACGGGACCACCGAUUGAUCAACCAAAACCAUCUACGUCACUCGUUCAACCUCAAACAAUUUCGAGUAAGCCGACGACAAAGGUUCAGAAUGACGCUAUUCGCCGAUUGGAUUUUAUACCCGAAUCAUCGUUCGAUAGUAACAAGAAUUAUACGAAGAAUGAGAGUAAGAUAAUCAAUGGCACUAAAGUGAGCAAAAAAUUAUCAUUGGACGAUGAAGUGGACACGAGGAAGACACGCAAAUCCUGGAGGACAAAUCCACGGAACGGUAUGAUAGUGAAAUCUAAACGGCACAGAAAUCUGCGGAACAACAGGAAGGAGACCAGAUCUGUGAACGUGACAGACGAAGAAGAUGAUGACCCGAUAGAUUCCAACUUGUCAUUCGAUAAAACAAGUCCACAAACUGAUGAACGGAACGGCUAUGAUGACGUAGCCGUCGAAAACAUAGCGGAGCGGAUUAAAAGGAGAAAAGAAAACGCGGAGAAGAAGACAGGAAUGGAAUCCAAUACGUCUAAAAGAAGCAGAGCAGCAACGAAGAGAAAAGCGUUACCUGAGAGAACAGACAAGGGUCCCGUAGUGGACCAGGCUUCAUUCUCGAUGUCUCAAGAGAAUACGAAAGUUGACAAAGAUCCGACGAAGAAAACGAAGCGGCGGAAAACAAGCAGAGGUUUUCAGAAUAAUAAUUCAGACGAAUUGGAAAAGAACGAGCUGUCGACAGAUCCUGCGUCUGGUCUGAGGAAGUCUGCGCGAAAUUUGAUGAAAACGUCUUCCACGACAGGCGAAUCGAAUGAUGCGCGUAACAGGAAUAACAACAAAUUUAAUUAUGAUUCGCCGCCAGAAUCUUGCGAUGAGACAGAGGAAUGUGUUCCGGAAAAUAAGCGCAACGCCGUCGAGUUCUCGGACGAGGAGGUGAUCGAGGAGCAACAACGGAUCGAGCGAUUGCUGCUGCAGGAGCGGGAGGACUUCGAGUUGGCGCGUCGUCUGCAGGCACAGUUCGACGAAAUGGAACGAAUCGCCGGUCGUACCAGACGUUUGAGGAAGGCUACUGAAAGUGGAAGGAACCUCGAUGUGAACUCGCGCGAAAUCAAUACAGUCAGGACAGUUCGUAGCACGGGCGGUGCUCGCAGAACCACGAAACGAAAGCCGGUUGCGAAUAUCGCGACUAAACAAAAGCGCGGCAGGCCUCCAAAACGCAUAAAAAUCACGGUUGACGCACGUGAAGAUGAAACGCGCACGCGAUAAUUGUACAUGGUGCGUGAGAACCACUCCACGAUUGGAUGUUCCUAUGAGCCAUACGUUUGACACACGGAAGAAUGUUCGAUUGAAACCGCGGGCUUUUGUAUAGUGUCUUGUGUAUUUUUUAAUGAGAGAUCAUUUGCGUCGAAUAUGUACCUGGAUACAUUGUGGGAGUAUAGACUGGAAGCACAGUUUGGAUUGUUAAGAUUAUUGUAACGUCGUUUUCGGUGUCCACGCGAUGGAACGUCUACGUGUCGUUUUUGUUCCUAACACAUCAAUCGUGUGCGUUUUAAAAAUAGCGAUGACAAACGCGAAUUUGUGCUCACGUACAACGUGCCCUGGAACGUCCGGCCUAAAUUUUAACAAAUCUUGACCGGCGGAUUUUUCAGCGAGCGAAUUUUUUAAGAUUAAGGUUGGAAUCUCUCGGGACACUUCGUAUCUAUAUUUUUAUUAGUCUUCAAAUGAAUAAAAAGAAAAAAGAAAUAUUGCAUUAUAAUCAAAACGAAGAAUGACAAUAUCUAAACGAGACAUUGUUACAUUUGGCUGGGAGCGAAAAGAAUCGAGUGCACAUUCGUGAAUACGACGAGGAAUGUGCAAGAUUGAGACUGUAGUUUUAUACAGUGAUUACAUUUAUUUUUUAAGAGAGCUUGUCCAUUUAAGUAGAUUUAAGUCGCUACUUAUUACAGCAGUCUCAUAACAACAAUAGGUGUACGCAAAUUAAUUAGCUUCUCUGUUGAAAGUUUAAUUACAGUUGAUUUUUAGUUCCUUCGUUUUCAGCGGAGUGCUAAAUCAUCCAGUAACGAUCGCCGCGCGAUCGCUUUGUUCGUUACAUAGAUGAUUUCUGAUAGUAACUUUCUACAGAGAGAGCUGCUUUAUCAUAUAUAUCUAUAUUUCUAAUGCCGUUCUCGUGAGAAUCAGUCAAAAUCGAGUAAGGUUUAAUCGAGCCUGCGUUUCCUUCGCUGUAUGGAAAUUGACAGAAAGGGAAUUGUUUAAAACUCAAUUCUUUUCGACUGAUGGUCAUGAGGACAAUUCUAAUGUAAAGUUUGUUACGUGACAUUUAUAUUAGUACACCGACACGCCAUCGGGAAAAACAAAUCACAAUGAAUCAUUGUGUAUAGCAUUAAAAGAGAAAUUAUAUGUUUGAUAAGAUUCGCUUGAUAUUCGCAAUCGUCUACUGUCAGCUUCGACGGCCUUGAUUAUUAUACUGCAAUCGAAUUAAUUGUUACGAGUUAAGCGUUGUAUUAAGAGAUUUAUAUAUUUUGCGCGAUUGUGCGACGGACCUGGUCUCGGGCGCAGAGCUAGUUAUCGAGUAGCAUAGUUCGCGAGCUACAGUUCCUUCACAGCUCACAAUUCCGUUUUUCAUAGGAAUUCUCGAAUUCUCUCUCGCCCGCGCAUGCUGAUUAUGUAUUCGCAUCAUAUUUCUUUUCCUUUUCUUUUUUUUUCUCGUCUCGAACGUCAGAAGAAAUUCGCGUCCACGCCUUUCGCGCUCCUCUUACUUGUGAUACUGUCGCAGUAUUUUACAUCUAAAAUUCGUCCUUAGUCUUUAACGGUUUACUGCCGAUAAUAUUUUACGAGAACGUAAAUGCUAUUACAAUUGAGCUUGGAUUCGUAUUUGUAAUAGCGUGCGAAUGGAUAUCUAUUAUUUGACGGACUCUGAAAUUAACGUAAUUUUUUCGAAAUUUAUCGUUUGGAGAUACAUUGAUUUUAUUUUUAAAACUUUUCGCAAAAGUAAUUUCGCAAAAAAAUUCACUAUUUCGCGACCUGGAUCGGGCGAACCGAGUUUCUUUUUACAUCGUCUAUCGCAAGUGAUGGAAUAAUCAUCAUUCUAAUAUAUCCCAAAUCAAAUCGAGAUCACUCUCUCGGUUGCCACGCAGCCAUAGUCCUUUAUCCGCGACAGAAGAAGAGAGAGAGAAAGAGAGAGAUUUUUGCCGAAUGUUAUUUAGAUAUAAGACGUUCUCUUUAAUGUCCGUAUUAUUAAGUAGAGGAUAUUCUUAUAACAUAGAGGAACAAGCGCGAGGACGAUGAAGACGGGGAGACAUUCGGAUAUUUCGAAGACGAAAUGAUUUUAAUGAGCUGCAGUUAUUCUUCUUUUUCUGGAACAGCCGAAGAAUGAAAGAGCUGGUCUUUUAUUCCGAGCUAUUCUACGACAAAUCCGGAAUUUGCGAAUUCAAAGAGGCUUCCGAAAGUUUCCUCGUUAGUGCGGGAUAAGCGGGAGUAACAGAGAGAACGCACGGAACGAUUGUGGUGAGAGAAAGGGAGAGGAUGUUUUUAUCACUCCCACCCGCUACUUUUCCAUAUAUUUUUUUCUAUUUUUAUUCCAUAAUUUUAUUUAAACGUAACCAUCU